AUGAAGUUUCCAAAAGGUACCAAAGAAUGUUUUAGAGUUGAUGUAUUGGAUGAUGUGUACUUGGAAGCUCAAGAUAUUCUUAGGACCUCAUCACCACUUGAAAAAGUUUUGUUUGAUGUUGAUGAGGAGUUUGAUGAGACUUUAGACAAGGAAGUGCAAGAGUGUAUUAACAGUUUGAAUAAAGGUGAAAGUUCUUCUACUAAUGCUCAUUUGCAAGAAGAUGUGAGGGAAGAAGAGAAAGUGCAACCUAUAAAGUUAGAACUGAAGCAACUACCAUUUCACUUGAAAUAUGUCUUUUUGGACAGUGAUGGUGGGAAGCCAAUUAUUAUUAGCAGUCAUUUGUCAAAGGAGCAAGAGAAUCAAUUGAUUGAGGUGAUUAAGGCCAAUAAAGGUGCUAUUGGGUGGACUUUAGCAUAUUUGAAAGGAAUUAGUCCUUCAUACUGUAUGCAUAAGAUACAUAUGGAGCAAGAUUAUAAGCCAGUCGCCCAACCUCAAAGAUGCCUAAAUCCGACCACGAAGGAGGUAGUGAAAAAAGAGGUGGUUAAAUUGUUAGAAGUAGAUAUGAUCUAUCCCAUUUCAAAUAGUACUUGGACUACAGGAAGCAAUCAGGCCACUAGAAAAGAUCACUUUCCCCUACCAUUCAUGGACCAGAUGCUUGAGAGAUUGGCUGGUCAGUCAUACUAUUGUUUCUUAGAUGGUUACUCUGGAUACAAUCAAAUAGCAGUAAAUCCUCAAGACCAGGAAAAAACAGCUUUCACAUGUCUUUUUGGUGUAUUUGCUUAUAGGAGGAUGCCAUUUGGCUUGUCAAAAGGAAUAGAGGUUGAUCCAGCCAAAGUGGAGAUCAUUGCUAAGCUUCCACCACCAGCCAACGUCAAAGGAAUAAGAAGCUUCUUGGGGCAUGUAGGUUUUUAUAGAAGAUUCAUCAAAGAUUUCUCUAAGAUAGCUAAGCCUCUUAGUAACUUUCUUCUCAAAAGCAUUAAAUUUGAUUUUAAUGAUGAUUGUUUAAAAGCUUUUGAAUUGCUAAAGAAAAAUCUUGUUUCAACUCCCAUAAUCACAACACCAGAUUGGAAAUAUGAUUUUGAACUUAUGUGUGAUGCUAGUGAUUAUGCAAUAGGAGCUGCAUUGGGUCAAAUGAAGAAUAAAAUUUUUCAUAUCAUAUACUAUGCAAGUAAAGUGUUAAAUGAAACUCAAGUAAAUUAUGCAACAACUGAGAAAGAGUUACUUGCCAUAGUGUAUGCACUUGAAAAAUUUCGUUCUUAUCUCAUUGGUUCAAAAAUCACUGUGUAUACUGACCAUGCAGCUAUAAAGUACUUGUUGACAAAAACUGACUUCAAGCCUAGGUUGAUCUGA